AUGUUCGCCGUGUGGCGCGACAACUCACUGCUGGCACUGCGAGCGCUGCGAGCACUGCAAGCCUCCGUCCCAGCUUCGCAGGCUUCACAGCUUCAUGCGUUUGGUGGCAGACGGUGGACAAGCGCUUUGAUCCGCCGGCGACGACGUGCCCUGUACCGAGCCCUAGAUGAUCCGGGCAUCAGCCCGGCCAAGGUGCAGAAGCUGCGCGAGCGUGCUGCCAAACCUACACAUAGCAUGCUGCGCUACUUGGCCGAGAACAAGAUUGGCCGCGUACAGACGCAGGAAGAUCGCAAAAAGCUGUGGUACGAGCACAGAUACAUCCGGUAUGCCCCAAGCUUCAUUGGCCAGAUCAAACCCAAGAUGCGGCUUUGGACCGUGGCGCUGGAGGAGUCUCAGCUGCCUUUGGCCAGGCUGCCGGAGGUCGCAGUGUGCGGACGGUCGAAUAGCGGCAAGUCCACACUCCUGAAUUACUUGUGUGGCCAAGAGAGUGCGAACGUGAGGAGGUUUCCAGGCAGCACCACAGAGCUAGUCUUUUGGAAGGUGGGCCGCCCCGCGCAGCUCUGCUUGGUGGACCUCCCAGGCUAUGGCUACGCGGAAGCCUCGGAAGAAAAGCGGCUGCAGUGGACAGAGUUCAUGCUCUGGUAUGUCCGGGCACGGAAGAACCUGAAGCGGCUGUUUCUGUUGGUCGAUGCCCGCCAGGGUUUGAAACCCGCGGACCGUGAGAUGAUCGCCUACUUGGAGAGGCACGGCGUCCCGUGGCAGAUCAUUGUCACCAAGUGCGAUAAGAUCCCUAGCAAGGACAUAGCAAGGAGGCUCACCAUCCUGAAAGAGGAUCUCAGCCAGCAAAGGCGGAUGGCUGGAGACCCCGUGCCUGUGAGUGCCUUAAAGCGCCGCGGGAUGGAUCAGCUCCGUGACAUCUUGAACAACAUGAAGGUUGCAAAGGAGAUGGUGAAGGAAGGCAUCCGACUGAAAGUCUACGACCUUUUGGAGCAGAGACGAAUACGGAACCGAGAGCGGCGCCGGCGAAAGAACGAGAAGAAGGCAGCCGAGGCUGCCAAGGCUGCAGAGGCCAAAGCAGAAGCCGAGAAGGCCGAGGCUGAGACCGCAACCGAGGAUAUCCCAGGCGCGGAAGAUCCAGAGCUCCACGACCUCCAUCAUCUCUUGGGAAACUGGGCAGCUCAGCCACGGCAGCCACGGGAGGAGGGGCCACUGCCAGGCCCCAGUGUGUCCAAAGCCUUUUUCUCAUUGGAUGAUCGAGACUCACGGAGAGUGGAUUCCUUCAUGUCAUCCUUAUUUCCGGACCUCAGCAAUCUCCGCGCUUCAGGCUCUUUAGCAGGCGGGCUGGGUACUGACCUGAAGAUGCCAGAGAGUCUUGGCAACUCAGAAACGCACGUUCACCUCCCAGAUUUGGAGGACAGAGGCUUGGGCUAUGAGCCCAGUGACGAUGAAAGUGACAAUGAGGCUACUGACGUUAAGCCGGAGGUGCGCCGCUUUGACUUCAACCACACUUCAGCUGCAACACCAUCUGCUAUUCAUGCAGAGGGUCUGUCUCUCUUCCCUGGCCUGAGCAGCCCCCAGAAUCAGAAGUUGCCACACUUGCAAUCUGAAGUGAAGCAAGUUGGUUUACGAAGCGGCCAAGGCCAACAGCGUGGCGAUAAACUUUACACGGACGAUGAUUUUGUGUCUCCGCAGGAUUAUGCAGCUGGCUUCAAGCGUAGGGCGCCUCCAGCUCCCAGUGCACCCGGAAAGCUCAUGGCUGAGAUCAGACAGCGCUAUGAACGUGAAUGGUCCAUGGAGCUGGAGGAUGUAAGUCACAGUCGACAGGGGUCCCCAGAUGCCAGCGAGCGCAGCGAGCGCACUGAGCGGGCGCGGCCUGUCAAGAAUGUGGAGCCCGUGUCGCGGAUGCCUUUCAUCACGCAGGAGGGCAGCAAGCCAAUCCCAAAGGGCCAUGGCAAGCACAAGAUCUUUGGAAAGCCGCCGGCCAGGAUUCUCAAAGCCAAGAGAACCCUUGACGUGACCAAGGCAUUGGGUCUCAAGGCACGGGAUCGAAGACGGAAGCGCAACACUGGCUCUGGCAUGGACUGGGAGCAAGCCAAGACAAAAUGGUUGGGUUGGUAUGACAAAAAUAAAGGCAGGAAGUGGCAUACUGUGAGCAUGGCAGACUCCCCCAGGAAGGAGGACGUGGAUGCUGCCUACGAAACGCUUCAGGAAAGGCGAAGACAGCGUAUAGCGAGCAUGCGCCAAGCUCGGCACAAAGGUGGCCGUGCACGGGACUCCAACGCGCCGCGAGAUGAAGCAGCUUUGCCUGAGUGGGAGAUGAUGGGCGACCUUUCGAACUUGCCGGACGUGACAACGAAUCUGCUACCGCCUGGGCUUGAAGACUUCAAGGCAACAGGAUACUUGGAGCCAAUGAAGGUGCACCUGCCGCAAUGUCCGGAGGAAAUGCGGCUGGGCCCGGACGAUGGCCCUUCGCAAGUCUUCAUCCCAAUGCGUCAAUGCCCUGAAACGGGAAGAGUUCUGCGAUUUCAGGACCCUAUUGGCACACCAGUGUUGCACCCAGACUUGCGCGAUGCUGGGGGCGAAACCCCAGGAUCUGUUGUCACCCGAGCAGGCAGCAGGGUCUACUUCCCACCAGGACUUGACCCACCUGAGAACACUCCGAGUCAUGGAUCCACUCUCCAUGCAGAAGGAAACUGUAAACCUUGCGCCUGGUUCUGGAAGCCGGGCUCUUGCCAGAACGGAAAGGACUGCAUGCAUUGCCACCUCUGUCCCAAAGAUGAGCUCAAGACGAGGAAGAAAGCGAAGUCGGCCUUCAUGCGGUUGGGUCUGACAACGCCAAAGCCCAGCGCGGAGGAGACUCACGACGAGCAGCUGGCCAUCAGCAGUUUCUGCAUGUCGCCGAAGUCCAAUCACAAGGUGGACUUCUGCGAAAGUUCCGAGCAAGGAUCUACCGCCGCAGCAUCAUCUGAACGCGAGUAUUCGGAUGGAUCGUCAAGCCCUAGACUGUCACCCACAGGCGCAGGUGAGGUAUAUGCCAGCGAGAUGCACGUGACGAAGCUGGCAAGCCAGGGGAGUAGCCUUCACGGCAAUGGCAACUGCCGCCCUUGUGCCUGGUUCUGGAAGCCUGCGGGGUGUAUGAAUGGCGAGGAGUGCCGGCACUGUCACAUGUGUCCGCCCGGGGAGGUGAAGAGCCGCAAGAAGAACAAGCUCGCCAUGCUGCGACUUGGUCUUGCGACGCCAACAGCAGCUGCCAAGAAGGAUUCCUUUUCCAUGGACUCACCGACUGCUCUAGACGCGAGGCCAACAUGGCUCUAG